AUGGACCGGCUGAAUCCCUCCCGCUAUAAGGACUCCCGCUUCAUUCGGGAGACUGAUUCUUAUAGCAUCUUUUCGGCAGUCCGCAUCUCUGACGACGUGCAUGUAUCCAUUUUGCGUCUUCCUGUCAAGCCUGAACACGCCACUACCAUAAUCGCUGCCCUUGAAAAAUAUCGAUCCGUGGUAAUUGAAAAGCAUUCUGUGCUCCUAGAUUGCUAUGAUGCGUGCUAUAUGCCUGCAGAUGACCUUUUGUUGCUCGAACUGGAGCCUGGCUUCCACGAGACUGCUGCUGAUCUUCUUCUGCGUGUGAAGGAUGCACAGUUUCAGGUUCCUGAAGAUGCCAUAUGGGAGAUUGUGUCACAACUUGCCCAAGCAAUCUCCUAUUGUUACAAUCCCCUCAAUAAUUUAGAACCGUCAAUGUGGAGCUUUAUUCACCCAGCAAGGAUUAUUAGAAUAGAAACGGGGCACAUUAAGCUCUUUAAUCCCCACAUUAUGACGACUUUCUUUUCUACAGAAAAUUGCGCCUCAUUUGCGUCAUUCACUCCUCCAGAGUGUAGACAUUCCGCGCAGGGGACUGCAACGGAGCCUGCUGCCAUCUGGGCUCUUGGUUGUUUGGCCUGGUCUUUUGCAGACCCUCAGUCUUUCUACUCGAAAGAACAACUCGCGGCAGACCCCGAAGUUCAUCUCUCAUCUUACUCCUCUCAGCUGGUAGAUAUGAUAAGCUCUUGCUUGUCUUCUGACCCUUCUCGACGACCAAAGGCUGCCGAGCUCAGCUCUUAUUCGCUUGCUAUUAAGGCUAAUGCACGUCUUAUGGUUAGCCCCACACCGCUAGAGUCGUCGCUCACUCAACCAGUGAGCAUACUGGGGCUUUUCGCUGCUAUUCAUGAGGACUCGAUAGAAGGGUUCAAUAAGCAUAAGCCGAUUUUAAGCCAAGAUUGUGCACAACAAGAAACUAUUGAAAAGGCGGUUUCUCUCUGUAUAACUCUGAGAAGAUCAAGGCUUCUGUCGAUACUCUGCGAGUGUAUAGCCGACAUCAACAUUCGCAUCAGGAUUAAAGACUUCCCUACAAGCUUGACUGCGCCACACAGCACGAUGAUGUCUCCAAGAAAUUCUCUAUUUGCCGAUCAUCAGCGAGACUCCAUAUCGACAUUUUCUCUCGCUGAGCGGACCUCUUUGAUGAAUGCUGCUGCGGCAGGAAAUGUCGAGUUAGUUAGAGAGUUCCUCCACGAGGCAGGAAGACAGAACACAUAUGGAAAGACUGCUCUCAUGCUGGCUGCAGAGGGUGGGCAUUAUGAGUGUGUGAGACUGCUCUUAAUUGAAGCAGGAUACGUUGACUUGGAGAACAAAACAGCACUGUACUAUGCGUACGUUGGCUUCGAUGCUCCUCUAUAUUCAUACAGUAACCGAGAGAGCAUAGGGGAUCGUGGGAGUGUUAGCUCUAGCUUUAGAAGUAGCUUUAUGGGAUCCUCUGCAAUGCCAAGUUUGUCCAAUCCGUUUGCGUCAGGCAAUAUUUCGGUGGCAGGAAGGUGCAACAACCCUGCAUACCAUGAAGAUCAAAAUGCGUGCAUCACUCUCUUGUCAGCUCACGAAAAAGACAUCGUUGCGGAUGACGGAACCACUCUCUUAAUGCUUCUUGUCGAGGCCAACUGCAAGGAGGGUGUGGAAGCUCUUCGGGAACUCCAGGGAAUGCAGGACUCUUUUGGGAGGACAGCUCUGUCACGGGGCCUGGCACGUGGGACGUCUUAUGAUACUCUUCUCCCACUAUUGGACAAUGAGAAAGAAAUCCCCAAUCCAGAUGAGACUGCUCUGACAUACGCCAUUCGAGAGGGAUUCGUGGAGGGCGUGCGUCAACUUAUUCCGUCUAUGUCAAGCAUGCCGAACAAGGUAAACCUUACUCCCAUCGAGGUUGCCAGGGUAUACAAUCGUUUAGACUGUGAAGAGCUCCUCCUCUCGUUCGAGUGGCACACUACAUCAACUCUGGGCUAUGACCAUCUUAAAUGUCUGGUCGAGCGUCAAAUAUAUGCAACUAAACACGCAGACAAAGGUGUGGCUGAGAAAAUAGGGCACAUCAUUCGUUCCUACUGGCCCCAGCCUCAGGUUCUGCAUGUUUUCAUGGAGUUUGAAUUUCCCACAUAUUAUUGUGAGAUAGCACAGCUGCGUCCAGACGCUCUAGACUCCCACCUGAACAGUGCCAUCAACCUUGCUCUAAAAGAUGGCCGCUUCGAGGCUCUCCCGCACCUAUGCGAACGAGUUGCAUUAAGGAAUGCAAAGAUUUCCUUGGUAUGGCGUGAGUCUAACGACGUUACUGAGGCUACUCCUCUCAUCAGUGCUGCACUGAACAGCAAUGAGACAGAGCUCAGGCUUCUUCUAAAGCAUGAUUCGGACUUCUUACGAAAUGACUUUCGAUCGAGCACCUCCUCAGAUUUUCUGCAAGGUGCUCGUGGGGAUGUAGCAGCCCUGCUUCAGCCAGGUAGUCCACCAAGCCCACCGAGCUUAAUGGACGAAAAGGGCGGGGCCUCUACGAUGGGGAAGUCGCACAAUGGGAUGACUGCGCUUGGUGCUGCUGCGUCAGUAGGAAAUGUGCACUGUUUGAUGUUGUUGCUGGGAGAGCUCGGAAUCCUUCCUAAAAACGGGAUGACUGCUCUCAUGUAUGCAGCAAAGCAUGGGCGCAGAGAAUGUCUUCGCUUGCUGCUCGCAGAAGCAGGCCAGGUUAAUAGCGAUGGUGAGACAGCUCUUAUUCUGGCUGCUAAGCAUGGUCAUGCGGCUUGCGUGGAACUCCUGAUGCCUUUUGAGCGACGCAUUCGAGAUAAGAGAGGGAAGACCGCGUUGCAGUGGGCACAAGAAAAACCUUAUAAAACCACUGCAUCAUGGAAUGUUUCCGAUACCAGUUAUGAACUGUGUAUUUCAAUCCUUUCUAAUACUACGAACAAGCUACGUUAG